AGGAUACCACCAGGGAGGGGGAUGAGAAGACAGAACCUACAGUGUGGGGAGGGGCUCCAGGCUGAGCUCUGGCCAGGGAGGGGGUGUCUCAGAAGCCCAAGAAAGUGGGAUCCCAGGCAGUUUUCCUGUCCUCUUCAGACCCAGGGCUAGCUUCAGCCAGACACUGCCACCUUCACCAUGAGACCCUGGCCGUCCCUGGUCCUGGCACUCCUGGUUCUAGGCUGCAGCUCUGCUGCUCCUCACCAGCGCCAGCCUACUGUUGUGGUCUUCCCCAGAGACCUGAGAACCAACAACCUCACCGACACACAGCUGGCACAGGAAUACCUGUACCGCUAUGGUUAUACUCGGGUAGCCGAGAUGCAGGGAGAGAAGCUGAGCCUGCGGCCCGCUUUGCUGCUACUUCAGAAGCAGCUGUCCCUACCCCAGACUGGUGAACUGGACAGCAAGACACUAGAGGCCAUUCGUGCACCACGCUGUGGUGUCCCAGACUUGGGCAAAUUCCAAACCUUCGAGGGCGACCUCAAAUGGCACCACCAUAACAUCACAUACUGGAUUCAAAACUACUCGGAAGACUUGCCGCGAGACGUGAUCGAUGACGCCUUUGCCCGCGCCUUCGCGGUGUGGAGCGCGGUGACACCGCUCACGUUCACCCGCGUGUACGGCCUCGAAGCAGACAUUGUCAUUCAGUUUGGUGUCGCGGAGCACGGAGACGGGUAUCCCUUCGACGGCAAGGACGGUCUUCUGGCGCACGCUUUCCCCCCUGGCCCCGGCAUUCAGGGAGACGCCCACUUCGACGAUGAAGAGCUGUGGUCUUUGGGCAAAGGCGUCGUGGUUCCUACCUACUUUGGAAAUGCAAAUGGUGCCCCUUGUCACUUUCCCUUCACCUUCGAGGGACGCUCCUAUUUGGCUUGCACCACAGAUGGCCGCACGGAUGGUGCGCCUUGGUGUAGUACCACAGCCGACUACGACACCGACCGCAAAUUCGGUUUCUGCCCCAGUGAGACACUCUACACGGAGCACGGCAAUGGGGACGGCAAACCCUGCGUGUUUCCAUUCAUCUUUGAGGGCCGAUCCUACUCUGCCUGCACCACUGAAGGUCGCUCGGAUGGUUACCGCUGGUGCGCCACCACAGCCAACUACGACCAGGAUAAGCUCUACGGCUUUUGUCCUACCCGAGCCGACGCUACUGUGGUUGGGGGCAACUCGGCAGGCGAGCUGUGCGUCUUCCCCUUUGUCUUCCUGGGCAAGGAGUACUCCACCUGUACCAGCGAGGGCCGCAGAGAUGGGCGCCUCUGGUGCGCUACCACCUCGAGCUUCGACACUGACAAGAAGUGGGGUUUCUGCCCAGACCAAGGGUACAGCCUGUUCCUGGUGGCAGCUCACGAGUUCGGCCAUGCACUGGGUUUAGAUCAUUCUUCAGUGCCGGAAGCGCUCAUGUACCCCAUGUAUCGCUUCCUUGAGGGCUCCCCUCUGCACGAGGACGACGUGAGAGGCAUCCAGCAUCUGUAUGGUCCUGGCCCUAAGCCUGACCCAGGGCUUCCAGCCACCACCACAACUGCACCACAGCCGACAGCACCUCCUACUAUGUGCCCUACUGUACCUCCCACUGCCUACCCUACAAAGAGUCCCCAGGCUGGCCCUACAGGCCCUCCUGCAGCUGACCCUACAGGCCCCCCUACUGCUGGCCCUUCUGAGGCCAUUACAGUGUCUUUGAGCCCAGCAGACAAUGCCUGCAACGUGGAUAUUUUCGACGCUAUCGCUGAGAUCCAGGGCUCUCUGUAUUUCUUCAAGGACGGUCGGUACUGGAAGUUCCUGAAUCGCCGAGGGAGCCGGCUGCAGGGCCCCUUUCUUAUUGCCCGCACGUGGCCAGCUCUGCCUGCAAAGCUGGACUCAGCCUUUGAGGAUCCGCAGUCCAAGAAGAUUUUCUUCUUUUCUGGGCGCAAAGUGUGGGUGUACACAGGCCAGUCGGUGCUGGGCCCCAGGCGUCUGGAUAAGUUGGGUCUAGGCUCAGAGGUAACCCAGAUCUCCGGGCUCCUCCCGCGAGGCGGCGGGAAGGCUCUGCUGUUGAGCAGGGAGCGCGUGUGGAGGUUCGACUUGAAGACACAGAGGGUGGAUCCCCAGAGUGUCACUCGCUUGGAUAGGAUGUUCCCUGGGGUGCCCUGGAACUCACACGACAUCUUCCAGUACCAAGACAAAGCCUAUUUCUGCCAGGACCGAUUCUACUGGCGUGUGAGUUUCCGAGAUGAGGUGAACCAAGUGGACCAAGUGGGCUAUGUGACUUACGACUUCCUACAGUGCCCUGAGAACUAGUGCCCUCCUUCGCUUCAGCAGUGCAGUGCGCUGGAGAGUCCGCCCCAAGAGGGAAAGGAGCCAGUUUGCUGGAUACAAACUGGUGAUCUCUUCUAGAGACUGGGAAGGAGUGGAGGCAGGCUGGGCCCUCUCUUCACACCUUCCUUUUUUUGUUAGACUGUUUCUAAUAAACAUCGAUUCCCUAACCUU